CAUAAAAACAAACGAUAACUGUUAGAAGAAGGUGUCCCUCCCUAAUAUUCAGGAUUCAUCCCACAUUAACAACAUGAAUAGAUAUGCAUAAGAUUUUUCAUCACAACAACAACAACAAGUGUUUAAUUUGGAUCACAACACCUCUCUCUCUUUGCAUAAGUUUAGGACUUCCAAAUUCACUCUUCUCCCAAAUCUCAAUCUCAUCAUCAAAUCUUCAUUUUUCUUUAAUAUCAACGGGUCAACUUCAUCCAUCACAAGUAAGGUUAUGCCGAGUGAAUGUGAGUUGUUGAAUCGGAUUAGUGUGCUCUUUGAUUUAGUAUAAUAAUGCUAGGUAUUACCAGAAACAGACCUCUUCCAAGAUCAGGGAUGGAUUUUGCGGAGUCAAGACAAAGGAGUAGUUUAGCUGGGAAAGUUCUGUUUGCCGUUAUUCUCACGGUUGUAUGCGUCAUUGUCUUGACACAAUCGUCGACCUACAAUUCUAGCAUUUUCUCUCGUCAUGAGGCGGGGGUAACACAUAUCUUAGUAACAGGAGGUGCUGGUUACAUUGGUUCACAUGCUACGCUUCGGCUUCUGACAGACUCUUACCGUGUCACAAUACUGGACAACUUAUCAAGAGGAAACCUUGGCGCUGUUAAAGUACUCCAGAAGCAAUUUCCGGAAUCUGGACGGCUCCAGUUCAUUUACGCUGAUUUGGGGGAUGCAAAAGCUGUGAACAAAAUAUUUUCUGACAAUGCAUUUGAUGCUGUCAUGCAUUUUGCUGCUGUUGCUUAUGUGGGUGAAAGCACACUUGAACCUCUGAGGUACUACCAUAACAUUACAGCUAACACCUUGUUACUACUGGAGGCAAUGGCGGCCCAUAACGUCAAGACGUUGAUCUAUUCUAGCACAUGUGCAACAUAUGGAGAACCUGAUAAGAUGCCAAUUACAGAACUAACUCCUCAGGUCCCAAUUAAUCCGUACGGAAAGGCCAAGAAGAUGGCAGAAGAUAUCAUCUUAGAUUUCUCGAAGAAUUCAGAUAUGGCAGUAAUGAUAUUAAGGUACUUUAAUGUGAUUGGGUCGGACCCAGAAGGAAGAUUAGGGGAGGCCCCUAGACCUGAACUGCGGGAACAAGGCAGGAUAUCUGGUGCUUGUUUUGAUGCUGCUUUGGGGAUUAUACCUGGUCUAAAGGUUAAAGGAACGGACUAUAAGACACCUGACGGCACUUGCGUCAGAGAUUACAUCGAUGUGACAGAUCUCGUUGACGCUCAUGUUAAAGCCCUUGCAAAAGCGAGGCCGAGUAAAGUUGGAAUUUACAAUGUCGGAACAGGAAGAGGUAGAUCAGUUAAGGAGUUUGUGGAGGCAUGUAAAAAGGCAACUGGUGUAAACAUCCAAGUUGAAUUUCUUGAUCGUCGUCCUGGUGAUUAUGCUGAAGUGUACAGUGACCCAUCCAAGAUUUUGCGUGAGUUAAACUGGAGUGCUCAACAUACUGAUCUUCAAGAGAGUUUGCAGACAGCAUGGAAAUGGCAAAAAUCUCACAAAAAUGGGUACGGAUCUUCUUUGUAAACGUGUACCUGAUAAUAUACUGCAUGCACAAAUUGUUUCUUCUCCGGUGAAGGCGUUUACAUGAACAUUGGUGGGUGUAAGAUUGAUUUUCAAGCACACCUACAACUUUUGCAUUACAUUAGGCAAUGAGGAAGGUUAGAGAAGGUACUUAUUGUAGGGAGUAACAGAAAGGAGAUUGAGUGAUGUAACCUAGCUAUUUGUUUGUCAAUUGAACAUCGAAAACACAAUAAUAAAAGAAUUCAGCAUUUCAUUUUUUUUGCUGCGAAUUCUGAAGAAA